AUGGCGGCGACGGAAUUAGAUCAAACCGAUAGCGAUCUCUUCAAUAAGGAAGAGAAUGCCGAGAACCCCCCUGAAUCGGAUCCAUUGGAGGAAAAAAAUCACGAUAAAGAUUUGAAAUUGGACUCCACUAUGGACAUUUCUGGAAAAAUCUUGGAUUUUCCUCUGAUUAAUGGUGAAGAAAGCCGAGUAGAGGAGGUGUACAUGUACAAGAAUGAGUUGAAUUUAAUCCCGAGGGACGUGGGGAGGUUUAAGGGUUUGAAAACCCUAAAAUUCUUCUCGAACCAGUUGAAUCUGUUUCCCCAGGAGUUUGGUAACCUGGGUGGCUUGGAGCACCUGCAAUUAAAGGUGGCGGCACUUGGAGUGAACGGGUUGGAGUUGAGUAAAUUGAGGAACUUGAAAGAGCUGGAGCUUAGUAGAGUACCUCCGAAGCCCUCUGCGUUCCCGAUUUUGAGGGAGAUUGCUGGGCUCAAGUGUUUGACGAGGCUCUCUGUUUGUCACUUCUCGAUAAGAUACCUACCUCCCGAAAUUGGCUGCCUUGAUAAGUUGGAAUACUUGGAUCUUUCUUUUAAUAAGAUGAGGAGCUUACCAAAUGAAAUUACUUUGUUGAAAUUAUUGAGAUCACUGAAGGUUGCCAAUAAUAAAUUAAUUGAUCUACCUUUGCAUCUUUCACGCCUGCAAAAGUUGGAUAAUUUGGAUCUAUCAAAUAACCGGUUGACAUCCUUGGAGUGCUUAGAUUUUGAAUCCAUGCAUAACCUUCGGAUACUUAAUCUUCAGCAUAAUCGACUAAGUAGAUGCCUAAUACCUUCAUGGAUAUGCUGCACUUUGGAGGGGAAUGUCAGAGACCUACUCAAUGAUGAGUCUACGGAGAUGGAUGUUAAUGAAGAUGUCAUAGAGAUUCAUGGGUCUUCGGUUGCACGAUCAAGUAAUAUACGUGGAUUAUUGCCUAAUAGUCGUCGAUGUUUAGCUACUCGCAGGCCAGAAGGAUGGAAACGUCGGUAUAAUAUGCGAACAAAAGCACAAGGGGAGAGGUCAAAUAAUAGCAAAAAGUGGAAGGUUGAUACUGCAGCACAAAUAUCAUCAGAAUGUCUGACUUGUAAAGUCUCUCCCGGUAGUGAUAAUGCCCCAUCAAAAGCUCUACCAGUAGAAGGUGAGAGGCAUGAGAACUCAAUCACUACUCCCGCGGAUGAGAAUAUUAGUGCGACUAAAGAGUCUGAAAGUGGAUGUUCAUGUUUUGUGGCUGACUCUAAUGGGAUGUCCAAGGAGAUUGAGGAUGAUAAUUCCGGGCCUAAAGCAAAAUCGGACUCUCUUUCUGAUGAUGGUGUGGUACUAGAUGGAAGUUCAUCUUCUAAAUCAUCUACUUGUGUUUUAAAGUCAAAAAGGCAUUCUGAGAAGGAUCUUGAUAAUCCUAAGCCCACUAAAUCUCAAAGGCCGACCAAUGAUCCCUCAUAUUUAUCAUGCCAAUAUAGUGAAAGAUCAUUCUGCGGGAUUGCAGAUUAUUUACCUGACGGCUUCUAUGAUGCUGGACGAGAUCGACCUUUUAUGACACUUGGCAGCUAUGAGCAAAAUCUGCACAUGAACUUGCGGGAAGUCGUUCUUCUUGAUCGGGAAAGGGAUGAAGAGUUAGAUGCCAUACUGUUGCGUGCUCGAGCAUUCUUGUCUCGAUUUAAGCAUAUGACCAAUUCCAUAUAUGGGCAUACGGAGGGUGCAAUAGAUAAUUUGCAGAUAGCUUCAUUGCUUGCUCUGUUUGUAUCAGAUCAUUUUGGAGGAAGUGAUAAAAGUUCUGUUCUUCAGAGGACUAGAAAAGCUAUUUUGGGUUCGAACCAUAUGCAACCUUUUGUUUGUACAUGCACAACUAGAAUCAUUAGCGAUAGGGACAAAGUCUAUGAGCUGGGUGUGGACAUUGAAGAAGAUGUGAUUUUUCAUGAUAUCUGUGAGAAGUCUAUUAAAUCUGUGAAAGAGAGGCGCAAUUCUAUUAUCGUUCCUAUUGGGGGUAUGCAAUUUGGUGUUUGCAGGCAUAGAUCAUUGCUGAUGAAGUAUCUGUGUGAUCGAAUGGAGCCUCGAAUUCCUUGUGAGCUUGUCAGGGGUUACUUGGAUUUCUCUCCUCAUGCAUGGAAUGUAAUUGUUACGGAAAGGGGUGACUCGUCGUCCCGUAUGAUAGUUGAUGCAUGCCAUCCCCAUGACAUUAGAGAAGAAACUGACCCUGAGUAUUUUUGCAGGUAUAUCCCCUUGAGCCGUGUGAGUGACACUAUUGUCACUGAUCCUGAUGCUAGCCCUAAUUGUUCAUUUCCCUCACUAUCUUCGUGUGAUGAAAUUGGGAAAGUGGGAUCAACAUCCAUGAUGCGCUGCAAUAUUGGGGAACUUGAGGCUGCAGUGAAGGUCCGAUCCAUGGAAGUGAGUGGGGCUUCUGCCAAUGAAGUCCGGAACUUUGAGUUCAGUUGUUUAGGGGAAGUGAGGAUGUUGAGUUCCGUAAAACAUUCAUGCAUUGUAGAAUUUUAUGGCCAUCGGAUCUCGUCCAAGUGGUCUGUGACUCCUGAUGGAAAUCCUGGAUGCCGUACUUUAGAGUCAGCUAUAUUGAUGGAGUAUAUAAAAGGAGGCUCCCUGAAGGACUAUGUGGAGAAAUUAUCAGGUGCUGGUGAGAAGCAUGUUGCCCCUGACAUGGCAUUAAAUAUUGCCCGGGACGUGGCUUUUGCGUUGUCCGAGUUGCAUUCGAGAGAUAUUAUUCACCGUGACGUGAAAAGCGAGAACAUUUUGGUGGAUCUCGAGAAGAAAAGGCCCGAUGGCUCUCCUGUGGUUAAAAUAUGCGAUCUCGAUCGAGCGGUCCCCGUUAGUUCUUACCUGCACACGUGCUGUAUUGCACAUUUUGGGGUACCUCCGCCUGAUGUUUGUGUGGGGACCCCUCGGUGGAUGGCUCCCGAGGUGUUUUGUGCAAUGCAUCAACGGAACUUGUACGGCUUGGAAGUGGAUAUCUGGUCGUUUGGUUGUGUACUUCUGGAAUUGCUGACUCUACAAGUCCCUUAUGCUGAUUUACCAGAACCCGAAAUACACAAUUUUCUACAGAGGGGAGAACGGCCCAAACUGACGGACGAGCUGGAGACAUUGGCCCAAUCUGAGAGCAAGCUCGAGACUGAACCCGAAACCUUAAGAUUUCUUGCAAAGUUGUACCAUCAGUGCACAGAGAAGAAUCCUGCUGAUCGUCCAUCAGCCAAUGAAAUCUAUGAUUUAUUGGCUGAACGUGCAAGGUCUGUUGCAGAAUCUGGUAGCCCCUGGGAAUUCGAUAGGUUCGUUAUUUGA